GUCCAUCGGCCGAUGCUCAAAGUACAGAGACCAACCAUUGCCCGCUCACAAACAGCUCGGGCUUUCGACAGCAUGGCUGACCGCGGAGGACUCCUCCUAGCGGCGGCCCUGUGCCUGGUGGUGUCCGGCCUGGGCGCCCUGGCCGCACCGAACGAGCAGUGCUCACAGCCGCCGUCCUGGCAGCUGGACGGGAUCAACCACAUGGAGGAAAGUCGGGGAAAGGUCACCGUGCUACAGCUGGUGUUCGCCUACUGACCCUUCUGUCGAUCGCAGGCCGAGAAAUUCGAACGCCUGCGAUCGACUCUCCUGGACGAAGGCCUGACCGACAUCUCCUACGGGGUGGUGAACGGGGACGGCUACAUGUCCAGGCGGUACAUCGAGGAGAUCAGGAGCCGGGUCAGCUUCACCGUGUACCAGGACAACGCCCUGACGGACGUCUGGGGGCUGUUGGACGGGUCCAAGGAUGAUUUCAUCGUGUACGACAGGUGUGGGCGGCUAGCUAGACACAUCAAGAUGCCGCAGGCGAACAUGGACAACACAGACGUGGAAGACGCCAUCCGGGCGGUGUACGAGGAGAGCCCGUGCGGGCCCUGUGCCACCACGACACCGGUCAGCACCACCCCGGCUCCCACCACCGAGUCCCCGUACUGCGCCCAGCCGCCGGCCUGGCAGCUGGACGGGGUGAACCACAUGGAGGACAGCCAGGGGAGCGUCGCCGUCCUGCAGUUCGUCUUCGCUUCCUGACGUUUCUGUCGGUCGCAGGCGGAGAAAUCCGAACGCCUGCGAUCGACACUCGUAGAGGAGGGCCUGACCGACAUCUCCUUCGGAGCGGUCAACAGCCACCUCUACAGCGCCCCGGAGGAGAUCGGGGAGAUAGAGAGGAGAGUCAGCUUCCCCGUGUACCAAGACACGGCCGAGGACGAGAUCUGGAAGCUGUUAGAUGCUCGUAAGGAUGACUUCAUCAUUUACGACAGGUGUGGGCGGUUAGCUCGACACGUCAGGAUGCCACAGGCGAACAUGGACAACCCUGACGUGGAGAACAUCAUCAGGUCCGUGUACUACCAGAGCCCCUGCGGACCCUGUGCCGCCACCCCGCCGCCAGCCCCGCGGGAGACCACGACACCGGUCAGCACCACCCUGGCUCCCACCACCGAGUCCCCGUACUGCGCCCAGCCGCCGGCCUGGCAGCUGGACGGGGUGAACCACAUGGAGGACAGCCAGGGGAGCGUCGCCGUCCUGCAGUUCCUCUUCGCUUCCUGACGUUUCUGUCGGUCGCAGGCGGAGAAAUCCGAACGCCUGCGAUCGACACUCGUAGAGGAGGGCCUGACCGACAUCUCCUUCGGAGCGGUCAACAGCCACCUCUACAGCGCCCCGGAGGAGAUCGGGGAGAUAGAGAGGAGAGUCAGCUUCCCCGUGUACCAAGACACGGCCGAGGACGAGAUCUGGAAGCUGUUAGAUGCUCGUAAGGAUGACUUCAUCAUUUACGACAGGUGUGGGCGGUUAGCUCGACACGUCAGGAUGCCACAGGCGAACAUGGACAACCCUGACGUGGAGAACAUCAUCAGGUCCGUGUACUACCAGAGUCCCUGCGGGCCCUGCGCCACUCCCGGCCUGCCCGUGGGAGAGGAGGACCUCGGGUCGGGCUUUCCGGAUGAGGAGUUCAUCAGUGAGAACGUCACCAUCUCCAACUCCUCCUUGCAGAACGGGACGUCUGUAAACAACGUGACACAAUACAUGUUUACAGAACACAACCACACAGAGGGGAACCGUACACAUCAUCAUCAUCAUCAUCAUCACCACCAUCAUCACCAUGAACAUCAUGGUCACCAUGAUCACGCUGAAAGUCAUGAAGGUCAUGAAAGUCACGCUGAAGGUCAUGAAAGUCACGCUGACGAUCAUGAAGGUCAUGACAGUCACGCUGAAGGUCAUGACAGUCACGCUGAUCAUGAAGGUCAUGACAGCCACGCUGAAGGUCAUGACAGUCACGCUGAUCAUGAAGGUCAUGAAAGUCACGCUGAAGGUCAUGACAGUCACGCUGAUCAUGAAGGUCAUGACAGUCACGCUGAAGGUCAUGACAGCCACGCUGAUCACGCUGAAGAUCACGAGGGCCACGAUCACCCAGAUGACCACCGCCAUCCAGGCCACCGCGGUCACCAUCACGGCCGUGGCCACGGGAGGACCAAGUCCCUGUUCGACCGUCUGAGGAAGAAGCACUCCCGCCACGACGACUCCUUCCCCGCGGACGACUGACGGUUCCACUCCCAGGGGACCUGCAAGAAGCUGCGGAAGCUUGGCAUCCCCGACAGCUGAUGUUCGCGUUAAUGCAACUAGGCGGCGCUGCUGCACGUCUAUUUGCAUAUUCGUAGUUCUCAAUGCCUUUGUCUAAGACUUGUACCAGUCUCUAUCUUUUCUUCAAGUCAUUACAGCAGACAAUUGUUAACACGCAUGCGCUUCCGCGGGCAACCGUUCACGCGCAUGCGGAGUACACCCUCUUGGUGUGUCGGCUGUCAGAUCUUGCUCAUGAAAACGUCAGACUAAAACCUUCGGGUUGUCUGAUGUUGGAGUCUCUACAAGAUUAAGGUCACUUAUUAAGCGGUGUGUAUAUCGAGAAUGGAAAGGAAAGAGACUGGUACAUUGCUCUUUCUACUUUCUGAUGAUACAAAUGGUCGACACCAAAAGAUAUUCUGUUUGUACCACUAUUUGUCGGAUAGCGUUAAAAUUCAUGUUCUGUCAAUGUUCAUAGCUAAAAUAGCAUCACAGUUUUCUCAUAGAUGAAAAAAAAUAGCCACCCAAGAAUUGGGUUUACAGUAAUAAAUUUCAUAUUUCAGUGUGUACCUUUUUUUUAUAGUCUAGAGUUGGUAAUAUAGUAACAGUAAAGCUGAAAAAUUGUGAUUUUCUUCAGUGACACACACACAAAUUUCAAUGUAUGAAUGUAACUUUUUUUGGUUUAUCAAUGAGAAUGAUGUUUAUGAGGUUCCUUCCACCCACCAGUCCCAGUCCACACCCGGGUGAACCGUAGAACCAUAUUUAUGACGAUCCCCAACAAAACGGGACUUCCCGCCUUGGGGAUCCGAUGGCAUCAUGGGAAACUACCAACACCUGCGGUGUGUGACGUCAUUGACUGGCGAGUGGAAGAAAUCUUCCGGUUCAAUGAA